GCCAAAAGUGAAAAAGAAAAGAGUGGUGUGUUGGGUGUUGGGUUGGCCUAUUGGAUUAUUUUUAUUUUAGGAAAAUAUUAAUCUCUUAGUGCAUUUUAUAAUGAAUUUUACUAAUAAAUACUCUAUUAGUAAAUUAGUUUAAGCGUUACUAGCCAUGUACGUUUAACGUAAGGCGUUUGUUUUAUCAUCAUGAAAGUAAUGUAUAAACACCCAUGAAUUUAAUGGAUAUUGUGAAUAUGGAGGUGAGGGAGGCAGGAGAUGGAGCUGCAUCAGGAGAAUACGUCCGGCCUCCGACCAAGAAGUAUACCUGGGCGGAGGUACGGCAAGCGGUACACGAUUUACGAAAGGAAUUAUCAUCGUUGUCAACCAUGGUUCCAAUGGCUAUAUCUUUUCGGAAACUGAGCAACGGAAAGACCAGAAUAUACUUUCUAAGGACUCCGCAAAACGGCUGGGAGAUAACUUUAUUGUAUACUGAUAUAACUCCAUCGGCGCAGCCCAAUAGUGCCAGGUUGGAUUGGAAGCCGCUCAUCGAAUCCAACGUAGCCCUGGGAGUUGCGUCAGGCAAGUGGUCUCGUGAGGAGCAGCUUCUGUGGGAACGACAGCGGGUGGCCGCAUGGGGCAUAGCAUCUUAUGAGCUCCACCCAAAGACGGGGAGGGUGCUGUUCCCGUGCGCUUCGUCGCUUUUUGUCGCUGAUGAGGGGAAUAAUCAGUCGCCGCCGUACGUGCCCCGCUGCCUGGCGACCGGCGGCGGCGCGGCGCUGACGCCGGCGCUGUGCCCGCGGCGGCCGACGCUGGCGGCGCACACGGCGCGCGGCGACAUCUGGCUCGCCGGCGCCGUGUGCGGCCCGCGGCGGCUCACGUACGCGUGCAAGGGCCGCGACCCCGACCGCUUAGCGGACGACCCUAGGCAGGCAGGUGUUCCCUGCUACGUCACCCAGGAGGAGUUCUCCCGGUAUACCGGCUUCUGGUGGCAGCCCACGACUGAUGACGACGUCUACAGAAUAGUGUACGAGGAGGUGGAUGAGAGUGAGGUCAAGAUAUUCAGCUUCCCCUCCUCGCAGUCCAGCAGCGGCGAGGUUGAAGAGUUCAGGUUCCCACGGGCCGGAACCCCCAACGCUAAGUCCGUCCUCAGGAUGGUGACGUUCAGGUUGGAGCGCGCUGCGCCCGCGACGGUGCUCGACUACUACCAGGAGGGGGCGGCGGCACGUUCAUGUUCAGACACCAAUGAAGUAAUGGAGGUAACGGAUAUCCGGUGGUACAGUUUGAGGACCCCCCUGAAGGAGGCGUUCCCCUGGUUCGAAUACCUGGCCAGGGUCGGGUGGACCCCCGAUGGAAAAUACGUGUGGGUACAAUUGCUGGACAGAAAACAGCAACGUCUAGAAUUGUGCCUGAUACCGCUGAGUUCGUUCAGUGCGCCGUUCAGCUACGAGUUGGCCGAUACCGCCGCCCCGCCGCCCCCCGUCGUACCGCAGAAAAUCGAAGACAUACAAGUACUAGUUUCGGAGACGGCGCCCGACGCUUGGAUCAACGUUCACGACAUUCUGUACUUUAUGCCGUCCGCUGAAGACAGGGUUUCCUUCAUCUGGGCUUCCGAGGAGACCGGCCACCUGCACUUGUACCUCAUCACGUGUGGCAUAGUGCGGGAUAGGCAGAGAUCCGUCAUAGAAAUGAUAACAGAAGAUGACAUCGCAAUAGGACCGGACAUUAUCAGCAAAGAGGCGAUCACAUCGGGAGAGUGGGAGGUCAUGGGGAGGAAUAUAUGGGUGGACGAGGCUCGGCAGCUGGUGUACUUCGUGGGGCUUCGCGAGACGCCGCUGGAGCGCCACCUGUACGCGGCGCCGCUGUCGGCCACGUCCGCGUCGGUGGCGGGGUGCGCAGAGCCUUUGCCGCGCCCCGCAACGCUGCUCACCGACGUAGGGGGCUCCUGUGCCGUGCACAUUGACGCGGAAUGCACAACGGCAGUGAUAACAUCAUCAAACAUUAGCACCGUGCCAUCAACUAGAGUGUAUAGAAUCGUGCACACUCCCAAACCGACUCUGCUGAUACAGGGCACAUUGAUGGAGAGGACUCCGUCAGAAGUAUCAGACACUCGAAGUUUCAACGGGUCUUGGGACAGCCGCUCCGGGGACGGUGAUGAGGAAUGUUCAGACACCGGUUUACUCGUCAGAGAGAACUCGUUAUCGCGCGUCGACAUACCCCCGCCUCAGAUCUACAGCACGCGGCUGUCGUGCGGGGCGGCGGCCUACUGCACGCUGUGGCGCUCCGCGAGGCGCGGCCGGAGCCCCACCGUGCUGCAUGUGUACGGGGGGCCGGAGGUGCAGACGGUUACCAACAGUUACAAGGGCAUCAGACAGCUGCGCAUGCACAUGUUGGCGGCGCGCGGCUUCACCGUGGUGUCGGUGGACUCGCGGGGCUCCAAGCACCGCGGCCGCGCCUGGGAGCGCGCGCUCCGCGGCAAGAUGGGGCAGGUGGAGCUGGACGACCAGGUUGAAGUAUUACAAUGGCUGGCUAAGGAGACUGGAUGUAUUGAUAUGGAGAGAGUUGCCAUACACGGGUGGAGUUACGGCGGCUACCUGUCCCUACUGGGGCUGGCGACGCGGCCGAACGUGUUCAAGGUGUGCGUGGCGGGCGCUCCGGUGACGUCCUGGCGGCUGUACGACACCGCGUACACGGAGCGCUACAUGGGGCUGCCGGCCGCCGCGCCGCACGCCUACACGCGCGCCAGCGUGCUCGCGCACACGCCCUUCUUUCCCGACCAAGAAGGCCGCCUUCUUAUAAUCCACGGCCUGGCUGACGAGAACGUCCACUUCUGUCAUACCGCGGCGUUGCUCGCAGAGCUGGUGCGGCUCGGGAAACCGCAUCGAGUACAGGUGUACCCGGGCGAGCGUCACUCUCUGCGCGCUAUGCACGCGGCCAAACAUUACGAGGCCACUCUGCUACACUUCCUGCACGAGAACCUGUGACGCUGUCCACCCCGUCACCACGCACACCCACCUACGAGGACAUAGUUUGUGUACGUACACACUUUCGUAGCGAAAUAUAUGGGAUUCUGGGAUGUAGUUUUUUAUAAUCUACCGCUUAAGUGAUGUGAUGAUCGUUCUAAUCAGUAUCAAACACUAAGUAAGGAAUAAUGUUAUGUCCGAUCUAACUUGUAAUGAACUAAAGACAGACUUUUUUAAAGAAAAUUCAUGCUUGGUCCAACUACUUUUUCAGCGUAAUAAAUUAUUUUUAAAAAUAUACUCAAUGUACAAUUUUUUUUUACUGUUUUAUAAUAAACAUAUAUUGAUGAUAUUGUGUGUUAACAAUUAAAAGUUUAUGGUAAAUUCACAAACAUACAAACUUACAAACGAGUCGUCAAUGGGACCUCAUUUAAUUGACGUCAGUAUAAAAAUUGAGCUAAUUUUAACACUAAUGAUUUGAAAUUUUGAUGUACAAGUUAUUAAUAAUUUUGUCCUUAAUAUCCUUCUACGACUUAUACAAGAACAGUAUAGUACAACAGAUCCACAAGAAACUAUUCGGGCGGAGAAAAAGAUUGAGAAUGAAAUGGUACUAGAAAAAAUAUUACA